AUGAGCCGUAGCCGGCGGUCCUCUUUUGGCCACCAGCACUACCAGCAGCAGUUUACGGUCACGUCCACGAUCAACUACACCGACGAUGGGCUGUGCGACGGGGCCACGGCCAACCCCGGGAUGGUGGUGUCGGGAGGCGCUGGCGCUGGCACCUCGUCCCCGUCACGCUUCAGUGAGUCGUCCUACUCGAAUCUGGGCUCCCGGCUGACGGCAGCGUACGCUGCGCAGACCUCGGCAUCGGCACCGGCCCCGGCGGCAGCCGUAGCAUCGGCGUCUUCUUCGUCGAUCGCUUCGUCCGUAGCCGAUUCGCGAUAUGGGGCUGCCGAGGAGACGGGUCAUUUGCGCCCGUGCUGUAUAUCACCGGUGGUGGCUCCGGUUCACCACUCGGACCGCUACUCGACCAGCUCGGCCCCGACGUCCAUCAUGUACCCGGAACAACGGAACGGGCCACACCAUCGUUCGAUGUCGCCCAGUUCCAGGACACGCUAUCCGGUGCCGGAGCGGUUCCGAGAUCCACCGGCGGUCUCGACACCGCCAGCCCAGUCGGCGAAAGUGGACCAGUUCGGUAACUACCUGAUGGCUGGGUCGCCCCUGAUGACGAGCUCGGAGAGCUACAACUAUCUCACCUCGACCGUGCACACUCCCGUCAAGCGGUACAUCCCGACGCCACCGCCCCCGGAAAGCUACCAGCACGAUCCGCCGCCGCCCGGACCGAGCCUGAUGGCGGGUCUGAUGGCUUCCGGUGGCGCCGGUAUCAACAUCAUAACGACGCCGGGCCACGGACCACCCCCGAUGGGCACUUCGUCGUUAAUCAAGUCACUGCCGUACCGACUCAAGAUGAAACCGCCGGAUGGUGGACGGGGUGAAGACGGUGCCGCGGACCAUUACGCAACGCCACCCCGGGCAAGACCGGUCCGCCUCCCCGACCAGUGCCAACAGUCGAUCUGCAGUUUCGGUCAGCAGCAGACUGGCGGCGGCGGCCGGCCAUCGGUCGGCGGCGAGUAUUCGCUGAUGCGUGCCGCAACGCCGGUCAGCAUCAUGAGCGAACCGAUGGCGGUGCUCGGUCAGCACGCCUCGUCGGACGAAGAGGCGCAGUGCUAUCAGUGUACGAGUCUGCGGCACGCAACCGGCGUCCAUCAGACAACGCAAACGUCCGCCGGUGGGCCGAUCAGCCCGCAGCCCCUGUCGAUCUCGUCCGUGUCGAUGUCGGACAUGGAACGCCAGUCGCCGCUUAGCCCACCGCCACUGUACGCACAGCCGCAGCAGCCACAGCAUCAGCACCACCACCAUCAUCACCAUCAUCACGGGCAUCAUCAUCAUCAUCAGCACCAGCAUGGGGCGCACCAGUCGCAGCAGCAAGCGCAGCACUAUUCCCUGGCAACGCCUGGAGCUGACGACGGGGCGCAAUCGCUGAUCAUUGCCCAAUCGCACGCACUCAGCAACCCAUCGAUCAUCAUCCAGUACCAGCAUCAGCAGCACAUCCAGCAGCAGCAACAUCAGCAACAGCAACAACAACAGCAGCAGCAACAGAUCCAGCAGCAACCCCUGUACCAGCAGUUGCAGCAGUUGCAGCAGCAACAGUUGCAGCUACAGCACCACCAGGCGCAGCAGCAACAGCAACAACAGCAACAGGUUCAGCAUCAUCAGCAGCAGCUACAGCAUCUGCAGCAGCUACAGCCGCGGCUGCAGCCGGAUUCGACGCCGUCGACGCUGCAGCGGAACGUGCAGGCGAUCCGGCAGCAGCGGCUGUCGCACAAGCAGCGCCUGAAGGAGUACCUGCGCCGCAGCACGGCCCAGUUCUUCGGCGUCGACCAGCGGCACGACGAGUACGAGCAGCAGAAGUGGGAGGACCGCCAGAAGCGGUUCGCCGUACGGCGGUUCGGCUCGCUGAAAGAAGAGCACACCAGCCCGGGGGGGCACCGGGGUCACCCGCAUGAGCCUGCCGAUCAGCUGCUUCACGGUGGCGGUUGCGGUGACGGCGGUGCAGCGGCCGCUGCCGCCCACCUAACCCACAGCGAUCGCCCCGACGUGCUGCCCGCCCAGAGCCAGGACGAGCCGGAGACGGAACAGAACCGGCGACAGCGCUUCAACCCGUACUUCCGGCACGGCCUAGCCGGCGGCGGUGCCGGCGAGGAGCCGCUGGUCGAGCGGAAGCCGUCCGUGUCGCGCAUGAUGCUGAACGGGGCCGUGUUCGUGGUGCAGAGCCUGCGGCACCGGGUGCCCCGGCGUCCGAAGCAGUGGUCCCGCAGCUUCGCCCCGGCCCACGUGGCGCUCAACAACGACGACAACGACAUCUACGACGGGCUGACACCGGUCCAGGACGACGAGAUGUUUUUCGAUGUGCCGCAGGUGCUGAUGGGGGCUGCCGGGGGUUCGGUGGCCGCACCGGACCAGGGCGAGCUGUGUGCGCAGGAUGAGCCGCACCGGCAGAUCUACCUGCUGGAGGCGGCCGCGGCAGCGGCAGCUGCGGCCAGCAGUAGCAGCACCAGCAGCAGCAUGGUCAGUGGGGCCGGUGGCUGGCGGACGCGGUCCGCCGAACAGCAGCACCUCCAGCAGCUGCACCACCACCAUCACCAGGACGGUGGCCGUGGUGGUGAGCCGGGUGGCCGGAACGCGGCCAUGUUCCAGUUCCUGUACGGGCAGCGCAUCCCCGGCACGAUCCUGGAGAGCGUGCUGGACAACUCGCGGCGCCCGUCGCGCCACUGCCUCAAGCUGUUGCGUCCGAAUGCGCUCGACGAUCGGUACGAUUACCGACCGUUUUUCACGUACUGGGUCAACACGACGCAGAUCCUGGUGCUGCUGUUGACGCUACUGUGCUACGGAGUCGGCCCGAUCGGCAUCGGGUACGAGCAGAAGAGCAGCCAGGUGCUGGUCACCAGCUUGAGCCUCCAGACGGUUCAGCACUACGAGCAACGAAACAUUUGGAUAGGGCCGCGGCGCGACGAUCUGGUGCACCUGGGGUCGAAGUAUGCGCCGUGUAUGCGGCGCGAUGGCCGCGUGAUGGACCAGAUCUCGAAGACCCGGAAGCAGGAACGCGAAACGGCCUGCUGUAUACGGAACGAUGACUCGGGCUGCGUCCAGAGCUCCCAGGCGGACUGCUCCGUGCGCGGACUGUGGCCAACGACCAUUUCGACGUGGAAAAAGUGGUCCCCGGGCGACUCUGGGCCGGGCGGGCGCAUCUCGGGCAGUGUGUGCGGGCUCGACCCGAAGUACUGCGAUGCGCCCGCCUCGAUCGCACCGCACGAGUGGCCGGACGACAUCACCAAGUGGCCUAUCUGCCGGAAGAACAAUCAGUUCACCCAGCGGUUCCGCUUCAAGGACCACACGGCCGAGCACAUGGUGUGCGAGGUGAUUGGCCACCCGUGCUGCAUGGGCAUCUCGGGAGAGUGCCGCAUCACGACGCGCGAGUACUGUGAUUUCGUGCGCGGCUACUUCCACGACGAAGCUUCUCUGUGUUCACAGGUUUCCUGCUUGAACGAUGUGUGCGGCAUGUUCCCGUUCAUCGUGACCGACCUGCCGGACCAGUUCUAUCGGCUGUUCACGUCGCUCUACAUCCACGCCGGCAUCGUUCAUCUCAUAAUCACUGUUGCCUUUCAACACGUUCUCCUCGCCGACCUGGAGCGGCUGCUGGGUUCCCUGCGAACGGCGAUAGUCUACAUUGGGUCGGGCGUGGUCGGCAACCUGACCAGUGCCAUCUUCUUACCCUACAAGCCGGAGAUUGGUCCACUUCCGUCGCUGGCGGGAACGCUGUCCUCGCUGCUGGUGCUGCUCAUCCUGUGCCACUGGCGGAACCUGAAGAAACCGCAGUACGCCAUGUUGAAGAUGCUGUUCCUCGGAUGUCUGCUGUUCGGGAUGGGCACGCUGCCCUGGCAGCAAAACUUUACCGGCCUGAUAUCGGGGCUCCUGUUCGGCAUCACCUUCACGCUCGCUCUCACCCCGUACCUCAGCUUGACCAAGUACAGCCGGAAGGGCAAGAUUAAGCUCGUGUGGACCUGCUUCGUGCUUUACUCGGUGCUGUGCGCGCUCAUGUUUCUGGUGUUCUACCUGUUCCCGACCCUGCUGUCGCUCAACUUCCUCGAGGGCAACCAGAUCGCCAGCAUCAACGACAACAACGGCGGGCCGCACGACCACUUCAACCCGUACGAUACGUUCAACUACUUUAACGCCAAAAACAGCGGUGACGGUGGCGGCUCGCCCCACGGUGGCAUCAUGCUGCCGGGUGAGUCCGGCGGCGCCAGGAACGGAGCCGACGGCGGCAGGAUCAAGGACUACGAUCGUGGCGGCGGUGGCGGGAGCAAUCGGUACGGUGGCAACGGCGGCGGAAACGGUGGCGGUGGCGGUGCUAUUAGCAUGUCGGGGGGCACUAUAAAGGCCAUUAAUCCCAAAUACAAUAAUAUAAAUAGUAACGGUAAUCCUAACGCUAAAUCCAAUAUUCAUAGUCAUAAGAUGGUAGCUAUAUGUGAGAAGGGACAGUGCAAUCCGCGCCCGAACGCAUGA